AUGGCCGGGAAUGUGGCGCUGCUCCUGUGGGCCCAGACCCUCGGCCUCGCUGGUGCUCAGACCACCCAGCUUGUCGUGGAGCCCCCCUGGAGGCCAGCGGUGCUGUGGGACCGGGUGACACUGACCUGCCAGGGCUUGGGGACUGCUGGUGCCACCAUCUGGUACAAGGAUGGGCAGCGCUGGGGGCAGGAGGGAAGCAACAACUUCACUGUCACUGAGAGUGGCACCUACAUGUGUGAAAGACCCGGCACUGGGCUCAGCUGCCCCGUGAACGUCUCUGACGACCAGCUGGUGCUGCAGGUGCCAGCACGGGCACUGCUGGAGGGGGAAACGCUGACACUGCGCUGCCGGUACAGGCAGGAGAAGUCGGUUGAUAAGGUGUUCUUCUACCGUGAGGAGACAGAACUGGGGGGUCUCUCCAAUGGGACUGAGCUGUCCCUGUCCCCUCUGCAGCUGGACCACAGAGGCCACUACCGCUGCAAGGCCUGGGUAUCAAAGGGAUGGGAGGAGUCAGCGCUGGUGACAGUGACAGUGCAUGGCGUCCUGCCCUCAGGGGUGUCACUGUGGGCACAAACCCCCAGGGGACAGGUGGCACUUGGGGACAGCCUGGUGCUGAGCUGCGCGGUGGCCACAGGGACAGGUUCCCUGUCCUUCUCCUGGCACCAGGAGGGCUCAGGGGCACUGCUGGGCACCGGCCCCCACCUGGAGCUGCGCCACAAUGGGGACAAUGACAGCGGCCAGUACUGGUGCCGGGUCAGCAAUGUGGACAACGUGGAGGAGAGCGACCCCCUGAACGUCACUGUCCGGGUGCCCGUAGCCAAUGCCACCAUCAGCCCCGGUCCCCUGUCACACCAGGUCCGUGCAGGUGACAACGUGACCCUGCGCUGCUCUGUGCAGGUGGGCUCAACCCCUGUCACCUUCACCUGGCUGCACAAUGGGCAGGAGGUGGCCCGGGGUCCCCUCCUGGAGCUCAGGGACAUCGAUGUGGGACAUUUGGGCACCUACCAAUGCGUGGCCACCAACCAGCUUGGACAGGACAGGCACCGCGUGUUCCGGGCACUCAGCCCUCAGCUGGCACUGGAGGUGACACCUGGCUCACCCUGGGUCACAGCAGUGGCUGUGAAUGUCGGCAGGACCCUCCUGUUCCUGCUCCUGCUCCUGGCUGUCAUCAGGGGCUGUCACUUGUGGCGCCGCUGGGCCACCAGGAAGCCCCAGCACACGGCCCCCACGGGUGUCACUCAGCCCUGCCCCACCUCAGGAUCCACAAGUGACCAACCUGGAGCUGUCGGGACCCCACGAGGGACAUUGGGACCCCCGUGA